GGUCCGUUCGGCUCCUCCUCGCUGAUUGUGGUUAAAGAUCGAUCUUCCAUCCGCCGAGUUUAGUUUGCCUCCAGCCCAGAAAGCGCCAAGAAGCCAACCGUUCGCGCACCACUGAAUUUCGAGUGUUCCAAAAUUAGCCGCGCUGAAUUAAAAUUACAAAAACUUUUUGAGUACUCCAGCACCUCGAAUUCAUCAUCAGCCCCCGAACCCAAAACCUGACCCGGGAGAGGCGGAGAGACCCAUCUACCCAGCGAGCCACCGGGACCACCCACUCGAACAUUAGACGUGCGGCGGCUUCUGUCACCUCCGAAGUGUCGUGUCGGUUAUUCUCGUUGCCGUAGCUGCCGUCGUUGCCGUCGCUGCCGGUUUGCCUGCCCAUUUGAACCUGUUGAAUGAGCCUUUAUGUGGCGUCGCCAUCCGAGGGCCUAUAUAAACAAAUGCUCCCAACGGAUUUGCGUUUAUUCUGCAUUGUCACACCUAACGGUUAAGAUUCGCCAGACGGAGUCGCAACUUUCCAAAUAAUCCACACCAAGUGAAGAGCUGGUCCCAAACUGAGCUCCAACUAAUUAUUAAGCCAUCCGCAGAGUUCAAAUUACAGUAAAAAGUACAGCUAAAGUAAAAAAGUACAGUUUUAGCCAAGAACUUAACGUGAAAAUUGUGUUGAACGAGAACAAUCUAAGGACGAACUCAAGAUCCGUCUCCAAAUUAUUUUACUAAACAAGUUGAAGAUGUCCGCCCUCACGCCGCCCACCACCACCUGCGGCUGCUCGCACGUCCACUGGGCCAUAGUCAUUGUGCUCCUGUCAGUAGCCAUCGGGCCAGGACACGCUAUGCCACGGCCCCCCCGCUCCACCACGCAGCUGUUGUUCAGCGAGCUGCUGGGUGGCAACGAGGACAACACCGUUUAUGGCGAGCAAUUGAAGCAGCAGGAGCAGAGGCAGAAGCAGCUGCAGCGGGCUUACUCCUUCGUCCGCAAGUGGCCGUCCCUCCGGGAUCUCCUCCUGAUUGCCGACUACGACGACUUCGGAUCCCAGGAGGAGGAUGUGACCGAGUCCCGCUUGCUCGCCCGUCUCCACAAGCUCAGCGACAACGGCGGAGCCGGCGACGAGCUGCGCUACAACGUGGUGAACGAUCUGACCAGUGUUCCCUCCAAGAAGGUGGUGCCAGGACACUCCCUCAAGGAGCACAACACCAAGAAGAAUGUGCAGUUUCGUAAACAAUAUAUGUCGCCCUGCCACUUCAAGAUCUGCAACAUGGGUCGCAAGCGCAACGCCGGCAGCUACUACCCGUACUGAAGGGAUCGAGGGUCGAAACCAUUAUCCAAAGAACACACAAACAGCCAAAGUAAAAUAAAUUCGAAAAGAAAGUACGAACUUGUCGUGGGACAUGUUCAAAUGCCAAGUAUUGUCUACUGUUCUAAUUUCCUCAGACGUAUCCAUUACAGAGCUUAAUUAGAAAUUAUGUUGUAUUUAUAAAAUGUUUCAGUCACACAUCCGACUCUCUCCCGCGAUGUUUCUCUCUUUAUAUUGCAUGUACAGCAUCCUUACAAAAGUAUUUCCAUAUUAGUUCUUAAUGUAUAAUCUACGAUUCUUGUUGUAUUCGAAAUACCUUGAAUAAUAAUAACCAACACAAUGUUGCUAGAUAUUAAGCCCCAGUUACAUAUUACACGCCCGUAUUUAUUGAAAAAAAAAACCAAAACCCAAAUAAGAAUGAUAUGUGGUAGAGUUUCUUGAAUAAAUGUUAUAUGAUUAUGGUAUUCAAGGACCCGAAGGUGGUCCAAAAAGGCUUUCUUCCAUAACUUCAUUCAAAUUCUUCCAGGUGCACCACAAAGUAUUCAAAGAUGUUUGAGGGGAAAUGGGAUUUCUGGUUAAAUAUAGAGUUGGCUUUUAGGCUUGGCCUGGAAAUGGUCUUGGCCAAGUUGUAUUUCUUCAAGUGAACCUAGUGUUGAAAGGAACUAAGCAAUGUUUUAAUGUUAGUGCU